CACAAGGACGAGGGAGGGAGGAUCUGCGGAAGUGGACAAGCGAGCUCGAGACGGAGGGAGGAUUUGGGGUUCAGUUCAGAUUUACGAGAGCGAGGAAGGAUGGAGGCAGCAGCAGGCAUGGCGAGCAAGCGCCUGGUCUUCGUGACAGGUCCACCGGGAGUGGGCAAGACGACUCUCAUCAUGAAGGUUCUCGAGAGAUUGAGGAGGGAGUACCCAAAUCUGCACAUGCGAGGAUUCUACACACGCGAGACGAGGGAUUCGGCGGGCCAGCGAGUGGGGUUCGAGGCCGUCACCGUCGAUGGGCGCUCGGCAUCGCUAGCUUCCAUAUUCCCCUUCUCUUCAUCAUCGUCCGCUGCUGGGACGAGAGCAGCAGCAGCCAAGGUCGGGAAGUAUAACGUGGAUGUGAGGAGUUUCGAGAGCUUGGUGCUUCCAGAGCUGCAGGAGAUUGCACAACGAGAGGACGUGGGCGACAGCAGCAGCAGCAGCAGCAGCAGCAGCAACAGGCUGUUUGUGAUCGACGAGGUCGGAAAGAUGGAGCUCUUCAGCUCCAGCUUCUUCCCUGCAGUCUGCGACAUUCUCAACUCUGCGUCUGCGUCAUCAUCAUCCUCCACACUCGUGCUCGGUACAAUCCCCGUUCCCAAAUUCGGCAAAGACCUCGUGCAAGUGGCGAGAAUCAGAACCCGCUCGGACGUGGCGAUCUUCUCCCUCACCAAGGCCAAUCGAGAUGCCAUGGCCAUCUCCAUCUUCUCGCACAUUGUAUCUCUCAUGACUCAUUAGGCCUCCUCCCCAUGUCCGACUCCAGUCAGUCAGUCGAUGCAUAAUUCCAGCAUUCCCACAAAUCUGUGUAUUUGUGCCGACCAUCAUCACAAGUAUCAUCAUCAUUCAGUAUCACGUAUGUGGUCAGUAUCAGGCGACUGGGGCCCGAUCACCUUCAUCUCUCUUCACACGCCACCACCCCCGGCCAGCACAGCACUGCACUGACUGAGCGAGCACCUACACUUGAGAUCAUCAUCCAAGGCUUGGCACAGAUUUCAUGUUCUCCACAGACUGCGAUGACCUUGAAUUUUACUUUUUGUGUACUUUACGAGAAGCAGCAAC